AUGUCGCAGCGUGACCCCUUCUCUCGCUCCCCUCCUCGCACUCCUCCAUCCCAGACAGCAACGUACCGGCCUAAACGAGGAUAUCCGGCGAGACCCUCCGUUCGCGAUGCCUUUCCAGACGUCAGCGUGGACGCCGCCUCACGACCCAGCGAGUCGGAUGAUGGACGAGAUCCCCAUGACUUGAACCUCUCUCCGAAGCAUGCUGCUCGCACUUCCGUUGUAGACAACAUGCUCCUCUCCUUGGACCAGUUCGCAACUACCCCUACCGCACCUGUUUUUGACGACUAUCAGCUCUAUAAAUCGGCAAUGGACGGAGACAUGGCAGGCCGAUUCCGUGGCCACACCUUCUCCUCUUCGUUCUCUUCGGAGGCCGACUAUCACUACGACGAUGCCGCUCACCAUGCGACAGCUACAGUCACUAAAGGCCGACGGAGCAACAGCAGUUCAAACUAUCAGUCAUUACCGAGGAGGAUGGAUAGCACCCAGAGCCGCGAGGCAAUUGCUUCACGCUCUGGGACAAUGCCAAGAGCUAACGACUCUCGCGACAAUAGCAAGGGGAGCACCUCCACCCUCGAUUAUACGUUCCCGAUUCCCAGGAUGCGAGCAGAUUCAGACGGGUUGGACCGUCAUUCUGCCAGCUUUGACUGUGGACCCAACAAGUAUAACCCAUACAGUGAAGCAUCUUUCGCCCGAGACUCUCUCCUGUACGAUGAUGAUGACGCGGCUCCAACUCCCAGCAUACCGGCUGGACCACGCAGGUUUCCUGAAUACAGGACUCCGACUGGGCCUGGAGCGAGGACACCAGUAGUCUCUCGACGGAACAGUGUUAAAUCAUCUCAACCCUCGCAGAGUCGAAAGAAUCGCCCAGAAAAUCUUGGCACUGGGGUGGUCAAAUCCCGCGACGGUGAUUUUGAAUCGUUCAAUGAUGCCGCCCUUGAUCUGCCACCGACAAUGGGAACGUUGAAUCAUCCUGCCCCAAGUCCAACGAUUUCCUACAACAAACCAGCAUUCCCACAGCCCGAACCAACAGCAGUAUCUACAACCACGACAAUCAGCACGGCAAAUAAUAUAGCUCCCAACAAAGAACGCCCGGGAUUCUUUCGUCGUGUGUUUGGUGGUGCUUCCAAAGCAUCCUCCCCAGGGCCAGCUCCAGCACUCACAGAUUCGCCAACCUCAAAUGUCAGUGAUUUGUCCUAUCUUCAAGAAAAUGAAGUCAAGGAUUCCACUGGUGCUGCUGCCAAUCUGAAAGGAGCCAAGUUGCAACCGCCCAAGAGCUCCACUGGGCCCAAGACGGCUCCCGUUCCACCCCCAACGCCAACUCGCCAGGGGCCACCUCAGCAGGUUGUGAAUAAAAAGUCUUCAUUUUUCCGUCGACGCAAGAAGUCCGUGGCUGAGCACGCUCCCCCGCCUAUUGUGCUACCUCAGCACCUGGCUGGGCCAUUGACCCUGGAUAGCAUGAAGCCUGAACCAAGCCCUGUAGGUAGCUUGCAGAAGGUGAUGACCCCAUAUCUUGCGGAUGGGCCAUCAAAACCAGAUGGCAAAGAUAACCAGGGAGAGUUGCCAAGUGUGCAAAGACCUAGAGAAGGAUCUUCGGCUACGGAAAGUGGCCCAAGGCUCAAAGAAGUCUCCCAGCCCCCUAGCUCGGCUCGUCACGAGGACACUGCGCGCCCAGUCGAUAGCCGUGGCACCGAGGAAACGCACUCCGGCAGUGGUGAAAUUGAGACCACACUCCCUGCAACUGCCCCCUUGCAGGCAAAGGUUCCCAAUAAUGGGCCUUCCAAGUCAGACGGGCCUGAUGAAGAUCCACGCACCCUCCGUGUGACAACAACCACCACGCCUUCAACAGCGGAAUCUCCGCAAGAGGCGACUGGACCGACCAAACUGGUGCCUCCAGCGGAGAGAAAGGUCCCAGAGUCUCCUGCGGCUUCUGAGGCUUCACACUACCACACCGCUUCAAACACUCCGAUAAUCGAAUCGGGAGAACGAGAGCUCGACAAGGAGGCCGGCAAUAUGUCGGAUGGGCCAGGAGAAGCGAUCGAUGAUAGUCCUUCUUCAUCUGACCGAGAGCAAGCCUACAAGCUCUAUGAGAACCAGGGAUCAGUGGCGGGCAAUGAUCCAGCUGCGGCAUGGCUUGGCGACCCUGAUCGAGCAAAAGUCCGAGAGGCUUACAUGCAAUUAUUCAACUGGUCCAAUUUCAAUAUUCUGGCUGCGCUUCGUAGUCUCUGUGAUCGAUUAGUGCUGAAAGGAGAGACUCAGCAAGUGGAUCGUGUCCUUGACGCUUUUUCGAACCGAUGGUGCGAUUGUAACCCGAGCCAUGGUUUCAAAGCUACAGAUGUUGUCCAUACGAUUUGCUAUUCCCUUCUCCUGUUGAAUACCGACUUGCAUUUAGCCGACAUUGACCAAAAGAUGACCAAGGCCCAGUUCGUCCGAAACACUAUGCCAACCAUCCACCGAGUUGCCAUGGAUGCAGCUCCCGACGGAUUCGAGACCCUGCGUCCGUCGAAAAGCGCAAAGACAAUUUCUGUCAACCUCGAUUCGUUACCGACACCGUCAUCAACGCGCACACCAUCCUUCCCAGUCGAACCAGGCAGUGCCUCUGAUCUGGAGAAAACCGGAGCAAGUACUGCGGAUGCUGGGCCCUUGGUGAGCAUUCCUUUCACGGGCACUGUCCGAGCUUGGGAGCAGCAAGUGGAACUUGUUCUGAAGGAUUUCUAUACUUCAAUUCAAAAGGAGCGGCUCCCACUCCAUGGCGCCCAGCAAGAGAAAGAGGUCUACCGAACGGCCUCGAGCAACUUUCUAGGUGCAUCCACUGGUACACUCCGCAGAAGCCCGAGUACCAUCAGCAAAAGCGGCUCAGACAUAUAUCCUCGCGGCCGUUCAGCUGAUUCCCGCCACGGGCUUGCACGAUGGUCAUCGAAGCCCCGAUCUCGUGCUGGCAGGCUUUAUCCUCCUUCGGUGAUGGGAUCGAGUAGAACUAGUUUGGAUGACCAAUCUUCUGCUUGGAGCCCCACUGCGUCAAGCACAUGGAGCAAGUACUCCCUGGGUAAAUUUACCUCUGCUUCGGUCGACUCCUUUGGCUCCGAGGCUCCCCGUGGUGAAUAUCAGCAGUCUAUUGGUUUCGCCAACGCUCUCAGCCAGGCUAUCAUCCGAGAAGACUCGGCCACCUCUAUUUACAGCUAUGAGGAUGAGCGUACAACCCCUCUUUUGGAAGAUGAGACAUUGGCCUUGGCUGGUGCACCUUGGGCCAAGGAGGGUAGCUUGAAACACAAGCAUCACCUGGAUGCAGUGGAUAAGCGUGCGAAGGACCGCAAUUGGAACGAGUGCUUCGCCGUUAUUCAGCAAGGCUGGAUGCGUCUCUUUGCCUUCAAUUCAACCAAAUCCAUGCGGCAGAAGGGGAAACAACGCGGGGGUGUCAUCGUUGGUGGUGGAAAUUGGACAGAAAAUGCCGAGGAGCUCUGGAAAUUCAUGCUCCGUCAGACUAUUGCCAGUGCUCUUCCACCCCCUGGAUACUCAAAAUCUCGACCUCAUGUUUGGGCAUUAAGCUUGCCUACCGGUGCAGUUCACCUUUUCCAAGCCGGGACGCCUGAAAUUGUCCGGGAAUUUGUUUCUACAGCAAAUUACUGGAGCGCGCGUUUGUCGAAGCAGCCGCUGGUGGGAGGUGUUAGCAACAUCGAAUACGGCUGGAGUGAUGCAGUUAUCAACUGUGCUUUGGUCAAUGGGGGCGAAGAUCGCUCUCCGUCACAGAAUUCCGGGGGCCCUCGACCUAGUAUUCAGAGCUCUAUUCGAAGCUCCAUCGAUCACCAGAGCGUACGGCCGAGACUGCCAGCAGAUCGCAUUAAUAUCAGUGACUGGAGCCCGCCUCAACAGAGCAUGGCGGCUUCCAACCAGAACGAAGAGGACCAAUUGAAGUCCUUGCAGAAUUAUGUGAAGAAUGUCGAGGAUGACUUGCAGCGCCACAACGAGUUGCGCUCUGCCAUGAACCUCGCCUUUUCACCGCGGCACCCUAACGCUAUCAAGGCUAUGUCUAACUGGGAACGCAAGUCCUCGUACUUGCUUCGCGAAAUCGUCAAGUUCCGCACUUACAUUGACUCCCUGCGGAAUGCGAUCAACCAAAAGCACAAAAUCUAUGCGGAGUCCAACAACUACUACCACGACGAAAACGCCGGUGCCGACAGCGCGGGUGCGGACACUGCGACCCCUACCGAGCCUGAACAGGCUACUGCUUCGACUUGA